GAUAACCAAUCCAAUUAAGCUGGAACAGUAGUGUUUUUUUUUGUUGUUGUUAUAAAUACAGCUAUCAAACUGUUAGGAAAUCAAAAGCAGAGUGUAGACAGAACCUCGACUUGAGAGAUACCCAAAAGCUAGCCUAGCCAAGAUGGACCAAGAGCAACAGCCACAGGCUUAUCCUCAUGUACUCCUCUUCCCUCUCCCAGCACAAGGUCAUGUCAACUCCAUGCUUAAGCUAGCUGAACUAUUUGCUCUGGCCGGCCUCGAGGUCACCUUCCUGAACUCCGACCACAACCAUGAACGACUAGUGCGUCACACCGAUGUUGGUUUCCGUUUUGCCAAGUAUCCAAGAUUCAAAUUCGAGACCAUACCGGAUGGUCUUCGUGAGGAUCAUCCGCGUCUAGGUGUUAGCUUCAUGGAGUUGUUUGAGAGCAUGGAAUUGAGAACCAAGCCAAUUUUGAGAGAGAUGCUGGUUAAGAUUAACCCACCCGUGGACUGCAUCAUAGGAGAUGGGGCUCUGGGCCUUGUGCUUGAUGUUGCUGACGAGCUCGGAAUCCCCAUCUUUCAGUUUCGUACCAUUAGUGCUUCUGGCAUCUGGGCUUAUUUUGCCAUCCCUGAUAUGAUUGAAGCUGGAGAACUUCCCAUCAGAGGAAAUGAAGAUAUGGAUAGACUGAUAACAAGAGUUCCAGGCAUGGAAACUUUUCUCAGAUGUCGAGAUCUCCCAAGUUUCUGCCGAGACAGCGACAUGACGGAUUCCAAUCUCCAACUUGUCGCCAAAGAGACAAGAAAAAAUCUCAGUGCCCCCGGACUCAUAUUAAACACUUUUGAAGACCUGGAAGGAGCUAUACUAUCCCAUAUGCGGAGCAAGUGCCCCAAAAUCUACACCGUCGGGCCUCUCCAUUUGCAUUUGAAUACAAGACUUGCCGAGACAAACGGAACGAUGGUUCAUCAAUCCCCCAAUAGUCUUUGGGAAGUGGACAGGAGUUGCUUGUCAUGGCUUGAUGAGCAACCAAAGGAAUCUGUUGUUUAUGUAAGUUUUGGGAGCAUUGCAGUUUUGUCAAGGGAGCAGAUUAUGGAGUUCUGGUUUGGUCUUGUUAACAGUAGAAAGAGGUUUUUGUGGGUUUUCAGGCCCGAUUUCAUGCCCGAAAAAGGCAGUAUACCGGCGGAGCUCGUGGAGGGGACUAAAGAAAGAGGGUACAUGGUGGGUUGGGCUCCACAAGAAGAGGUCUUGGCCCAUUGCGCCAUCGGUGGAUUCUUGACCCACAGUGGAUGGAACUCUACUUUGGAGAGCCUGGUGGCAGGGGUGCCUAUGAUUUGUUGGCCUUACUUUGCUGACCAGCAAUUGAAUAGCAGAUUUGUGAGUGAGGUGUGGAAACUAGGAUUAGAUAUGAAGGAUGUAUGUGACAGGAGAGUUGUUGAGAAGAUGGUGAAUGAUUUGAUUGUGGACAAGCGGGAGGAGUUUGUGAAAUCAUCUGCUGAAAUUGCUAAGUUGGCCAAAGCAUGUGUAAAUGUUGGUGGAUCUUCUUAUUGUAAUUUGGAUCGUCUAAUUGAGGACAUAAGGUCGAUGAACAGGAAUUGCAGCAAGUGAUAGUUCAGCAGUUGGAUUUAUGUAAAAGUUUCAAGUGUAAUAACUGUUGUAUCCAAAAGAAUAAAAAUGUCAGGUUAAAGAAAUUAACUGGAGCUAGAUAUUUUGAUUAGUAUAUUCUCGACCAAUAAAGCAAAUUAAUGA